CAGGGGCCAGGCAGGAGGGUCCCACGGGCCUUAGGCGGCGGCCGCCUGGGCUGCGAGGACCUGAGCCGCGUGACCGGGCUGGGCGUCGUGGGCUCCGGCUUCACCAAGCUGGUGCUGCGAGCGGCGCUGCCGGGGGCCGGAGCCAUCGCGCUCAAGUCCGUGCACCCGGCCGGCAGCGACGUGAGCCGCUGCGUGCAGCGCCACGGGCACCGCGCCGGCUGCCACAGGCUGGCCAGCUACAAGCUGCUCAAGGAGGUGACGCUGCUGCAGCGCCUCGACCACCCCGGCGUCGUCAAGCUGCAUGGUCAGUGCUAUGAUAAUAGCUUAGAUCCUGAAAUAAGGGUCAUAGCUAUGCUGGAGCUGGGAUCCCCUCUGGAGAUGAUUCAGCUUCUGCAGACUCCCUGGGAGGAGAGAUUUAAAAUUUGCCUGAGUCUAGUGAAACUGCUGUUUUACCUGGCACAUUCCCCUCUGGGUUCAAUAGUCCUCUUGGAUUUCCAGCCAAGGCAGUUUGUUAUGGUGGAUGGAAACCUAAAAGUGACAGACAUGGACGAUGCCAGCACUGAGGAACUGUCAUGCAAAGAAGAUAAUGACUGCACACUAGACUUCCCUGCAAAAAGCUUCAUUCUCAAAUGUACUUCAGCUGGGAAAUGUGACGGACUAAAUGAAAAGAAGAAUCUUUUUAAUGCAUACCGAUAUUUUUUCACGUAUCUUUUGCCACACACUGCACCUUCUGCUUUGCGGCCCCUUCUGGGUGAUAUUCUGAACGCAACAGGUGAUUUACGAUAUGGAAUAAAUGAAACCCUAGGAGCUUUUGAAAAGGUUUUACAUUUGUACAAGUCUGGGCUAUAUCUACAGAAAAGACUUCCUCUUUUAAAAGAAUACAUCACCCUAAAGGGAUUCCGAACCAUGGAAAUGCAGGACUAUAAAUGCUGGCCCUCCUACAGCCAUCUGGGAUGUUUGCUCUCCAUUUAUAAUGCAGAGGAAGCUGCAGCAAUCUGUAACUCUCAACCACAGUGCCAAAGUUUUAUUGUCACUCAACAGAGAACAUGGACAGGACGCCCACUCGCCUCAUUUCGAAGUAGCCUGACUGACUUAAUACCAGACGUCAAUGCUGUACUCUAUAUUAAACGAUCUGCUCCCUCAAGGGAAAGACUUUAAAAACAGUGCGAGCUCACAUAAAGCGAUUUGGGGGGGAGUCCUUGGGGAGAACAUCAUCUACCGAAAGGAAUGAUACUUUUUAUUUUGCUUUAGAUGCGAGCUCCAUGCUAGCUUGGACUGUGUAAAAUGGUGCUGUCUGCUUGAUCAAAGCAGAGAUUAUCCAUAGCCAAAUGCUCUCCUCUACACAACCCCACGUGGUUGUUAACCUGUUCCCAGACUCUGCGGUUCCCUGUAACCAUUUGCAGUUUUAAUUCAAAUGUUGCAAUUUGUGCAAUCUUGGCUUGCCGUUUGCAGAACUUGUCAGCGAAGGAAUAGAAAUAGCCAUGAGCGACUUGGCUGUAGUAGUCCUAGUUAGUUCAUCUAUCUUUGAAAAAUCUAUGAAUAAUGCACUGCUGAAGAACACACAACUCCCUAAUGACGGGGCUGCCAAAAGGGAUUUAGUAACAUCAUAAAUGUAAAGAAUCCAUACAUUAGUGAUGAGGCCCAAGGUGCAGUGUUUGGAUCCAGAGCCAAGAUUUUGGAUCUGUCCAUGUGGGUGGGAGGCAGGAGGUCUAGGUAUGCAGUUCAGAAUGCAGGGUUUGGGGUCAGUCCAUUGUGGGGGAGGAGGUGUGCAGUUCAGAUCCAGGGUUUUGGUUCAGCCCAUUACAGGGCAGGGGAGCAGGAAUAUAGUUCAAAUCCAGAUGCAAAGUUUGGGAUGUUUAGAUGCAGGAUUUGGGUUUGAUGUGUGCAUUUUAAAACACCAGUUCCCUUGUAUCAGCCUUGAAGGUUGUCCAGUGUUACUUUCAGUGAAAGAAAUUCUGCUGAACAAAACGUUCAAAAUAUUUGUCUGAAGUUCUAUUAUGUAUGAUAAAGAAUUCCUAUUUUCCUGUUGACAAUGCGGUGAAGGGGGAGGGUUGUUUUGUUGCUUUGAUGAGAUAAUAUAUUGCAUGGGCUCUCUGGGAUCAGUUCCUCUGAAAAGGCUUCAGGAUUUCUAUGCAUUUUAAACUGCAAUAA